AUGACACCCCACACAACCAACAACCGCCCGAAAACGAGGCAAAGGAUACCCAAAGCAGCCCCGGCCUUGGAGGUGCCGCACAUCGAAGAGGAUGCUUCAGAGAGGAAGCGGGUGUUGAACGUUCUAGCACAACGCAGGUAUCGUAAGACUCACCGCCUCAUUGCCCCUCCCGUCCCUUGCUGCCUCGUGGCACACCUCGUCCAGACCACGCCCAGACUGAACCAGGAGGCAGGAGAACGCAAGAGGCAAACCCGACUCGCCAGGGAUAACAAGAAGCCCGCCGUUGUCCCAGAACACCAGGUAUCUGAGACAUGUGCUGACGGCGGCGUUCCGGACGUUGCCCUUCCAUUUGUACCUGAUGCCGUCGACCUGAUUGAGCAGGUUGCAGACCAGGGCUUACCAUCGACCAGUGAAGCAGAUGACGCUACUGCGGGAUUCAGUCUAGACGCGUCUGCGGUGUGGUUGACGGAUCUGUCAGAUGGCGGCUCGAUAUCGAACAUGUUGUACGACGCGAAUCCAUCCUUCGUUGGCCCAGACGUGGAAAGCGGCAUCGCAACAGCGGCGUUGCCCAGCCCGCCAUCAACUGCUGACCCCGCGUCGGUGAUGGAUUGCUCGUCCCUGUCGCCGCCCGAAUUCCCUGACAGCUAUCUCCUCCCUAUGAGCGACUUGAAGGUCCUCAAAGCGCUUCUCCGGGUGGCUACUCGUUUAGGGUCUCGUUCUGUCAUGUGGGACCCCGCAGCGACCUCGCCGUUCAAUUUGGGCGUGGGGACGCCGGCCGAGCUGCUGCCCGAAACGUGGAGGCCAACGACAUCACAGGUCCUCGUGCCCCAUCACCCAAUCAUGGACUUUCUGCCGUGGCCAGAUGUGCGCGAUAGGAUCAUCAACCUCUUCAGUCUGCCCGACGAGGCAAGACCGCCCGCGGCACGGGGCCAACUCGGACUGGUCAACUUUGCGUACGACCUGGAAGACUCUGGGGAAGGAGCGCGUAUCUGGGGCGCCGACCCAUACGAUGAGUCGAGCUGGGAAGUCGGUCAGGUCCUUUUCGAGAGGUGGUGGUUUGUGUUCGACAGGAAGGUCAUUGAACAGAGCAACAAGUGGCGGCGGUUAAGGGGCGCCGCUGCAUUACAGAUGCGGCCAGGCAGUGUAGUCGAUCUGUCCGAGACCGCCAAUUGA